AUGCAGUUGUAUUCAGUGAUAAUUGCAAUUACGAUGAACUGGUUGCUACGAUUUCAACUUGGUCUGGAUUGCAGAAACAAAAUCUCAAUAAAAUAUGUUGUUGAGGGGGAUACUCAACCAAUGGAAAUACACAACGAUAUGGGAGUCAGGGUGUAUGUUGAGCUUAAGAGGGAAAAAAGUGUUUUGGGGAUGUAUCCAUUGUGCGUUAGUAUUACAGAUAAUGAUGUUGAGGAGAUUGCAACUGGUGAGUGUGUUUUUAGAGACGAUGUGCUUCAACUUGGAUAUGAUGAUAAUUUGGAGUAUAUGGCUGCGUAUGAUUCGAAUGAAUUCGAUCUGUCAAAUUGUGGAAAGGCUGUUGUAUUUUUAGAUGAGGACAACAAAUUGAUUAUUUCCACCGCAGAACAGAAGGAAAUUUUUGUAGAUCAAAUUUACAAGGAUAAGGAUACAUUGAAACUUGUAAUGGCGAAUUAUGCUAUUCGAGAACGAUUCAAUUUCAAAACUGAGAGAUCAAAUGUUAUAAGCUAUACAGUCGUAUGUAUGUCGCCUGAAUGUGAAUGGAAAUUACGAGCGUCAAGUGUUGGAAAAUCUGAACUGUUCAGAGUUAGGUAUUUCCAUGACGAACAUACAUGCCCUUUGAAGGACAAGGUAUAUUCACAGAGGCAAGCAACAAGUUGGUUUAUUGGGGAAUCGGUUGUUAAGCCGAAAAUAGCGAACCACAAGAGGAAAGUCAGCCCUGGGGAUAUAAUGGACGACGUAAAAAAUGAAUUCGGCGUAGAUGUUUCUUACAUGCUGGCCUGGAGAGCUAGAGAAAAAGCUAUGAAUGAUUUGAGGGGGGAUCCUGCUGCUUCAUACAAUAAAUUGCCGGCAUAUAUGUAUAUCCUAGAUAAAACAUAUCCUGGAUCAUAUGUUAAAAUGCAUAAAUCAUGUGAAAAUGAGUUCCUGUAUUUCUUUGUUGCACUCAAAGCAUUCAUAAAGGGAUUCGAGUGUUGUAGACCAAUAGUGGUAGUGGAUGGUGCACACCUUAAAAGCACGUAUAAUGGUACAUUUGUAUCCGCAAGUACUUUGGAUGAUGCAGGUAAUAUUCUACCACUGGCAUAUGGUUUGAUAGAUUCGGAAAAUGACAAGUCUUGGACUUGGUUCUUUGAGCAGUUCAAGCAAGCUUAUGGUAUUAGGGAUAACAUGUGUGUCGUAUCCGACAGACACGAAAGCAUAAUCAAAGCGGUGUAUCGGGUGCAUCCUACUGUUCCUCAUUUGGCCUGCAUAUGGCAUUUGUGGGAAAAUGUGACUAAGAAAUACAAGUCGAAUGAUGAAGUAUUGAGUCCUGUCUUUUAUUCACUUGCCAAAGCAUACACACAGGAUGAGUUCGAUAAACUGAUGGAAAAGAUUGAGAAUGUUGAUAUACGAGUAAAGGAAUAUUUGGAUGAUGCUGGAAGGGAGAAAUGGUCUAGGCUAUAUUCACCUGUUAAUAGAGGUUGGAGGAUGACUUCGAAUAUAGCGGAAUGUAUUAAUGGAAAAUUAGUAGCGGCAAGAGAGUUGCCUGUAUUUGAUUUCCUUGAAGAAGUUAGGAGGAUGGUAUACUUCUCUGUUGAAGCAUCAACUGAAUAUGUUUAUACGGUUAAUGAUGGACCGCGGUGUUUCAUAAUUGAUUUGAAGAGAAAAACUUGCAGUUGCAGGAUGUUUCAAAUGGACGAAAUACCAUGUUCACAUGCCUGGGCUGUGUUAAAGAGUAAAAAUCUAACGGAUGAUGCAUAUUGCUCAGAAUUAUUCAAGCCAAAUACAGUGGUGAAUACGUAUGAUGUGCCGAUUGAUCCACUUCCCGACGAGAGUGAGUGGAAUGUUCCAACACACAUAUUAGAGGAGGUUGUUCUGCCACCGAGACACAAGCGACCUCCUGGUAGGCCAAAAAAGAAAAGGGAUAAGCCAUUAAUGGAGCUGAUGAUUGGUAAACGUAGGAAUGCUUGUAGUACAUGUGGACGUCUUGGUCGUAACAGGCGUUCGUGUGGUAAUGAGCCACUUAAGAAGAAGAAAUAA